GAUGUCGUCUUGUAUCGAGACACAAACCAGCAUGAGCCCGAGCUUCUGUCAGUCAACGAGUACCUGCAAGAGUUCCUCCCAGCCAACCUGCGUUUGCGUGAGCGACAGCCUCACGACAGAUCCAGUGAGAGCGUCUGGGUCCUGGUGCUCUGCAGUGCGAGCUACUGUUGUCGGGGCCCAUUGAACCAUUGGGCUCCCGGCUGGUGGAGGGAGCAACUUGGUGACGACGAGUUUCUUCGGCUCCACGAGGAGGCAUUCUCUUCUUUGACCGAGCGCAUCACGGAGGCGAGGCUCAGGUGCGACUUGGCAAGAAUAGACUAUGCAGACUGCGAAGAAGAGCAGCGCGACGUUGCGAUGGCGACCGUCAUCACGUGGCAGGAGGAGAUGCAGCGGUUGGACAACUUGCGGGAGUUUCGCCAGCGCAUGCUCCGUGCUGGCAUCUUUGUCCAGGAGUCCCGUGCCGACGGCAGUUGUCUCCUGUGGAGCUUGCGGGCUUUGACGCGCAACGACCCGCAGUUGGAGGACGAGUCCGAAGAGGCUCGGCAGGAGCAGCUCGAUCUGCGCAUCGCCGCUCGGCGCAACAUUAGUGGCUUGCAGACCUGCGAGGGAG